GAGAGAUUAAUCACAGUAAAAAUCAUAGUUUCUUCUCUGGAGGGCGAACAGUUAGAGAAUUGAUUUCACGGAUCUGGUAACAUGGCAAAAGAUGCCGGUCUAAUUGAAGCCAAUGGAGAACUGAAGGUCUUUAUAGACCAGAAUCUUAGUCCUGGAAAAGGUGUGGUAUCAUUAGUAGCGGUUCACCCUUCUGCAGUCAAUACACUUGGGAAGCAGCUCCUACCAAAAACCUUUGGACAGUCCAAUGUCAACAUCGCACAGCAAGUGGUAAUUGGUACACCUCAGAGACCUGCAGCGCCAAAUACUAUCCUGGUAGGAAGUCCACACACCCCUAACACACACUUUGUAUCCCAGAACCAGGCUUCAGACUCCUCACCUUGGUCUGCUGGGAAACGCAACCGGAAAGGGGAGAAGAAUGGCAAGGGUCUGAGACAUUUCUCCAUGAAGGUCUGUGAGAAGGUGCAGCGGAAAGGAACCACUUCCUACAACGAGGUGGCCGACGAGCUGGUUGCGGAGUUCAGUGCUGCCGACAGCCACAUUCUGCCAAAUGAAUCGGCUUAUGACCAGAAGAACAUACGGCGGCGAGUCUACGAUGCCUUGAACGUCUUGAUGGCCAUGAACAUUAUCUCCAAGGAGAAGAAGGAGAUUAAGUGGAUCGGCCUGCCUACUAACUCGGCUCAGGAAUGUCAAAAUCUAGAGGUAGAGAGACAGAGAAGACUUGAAAGAAUAAAACAGAAGCAGUCUCAACUUCAAGAACUGAUUCUACAGCAAAUUGCCUUCAAGAACCUGGUGCAGCGAAACCGUCAGGCGGAGCAGGAGGCCAACCGGCCGCCUCCCUCCAACUCCGUCAUCCACCUCCCAUUCAUCAUUGUGAACACCAGCAAGAAGACUGUGAUCGACUGCAGCAUUUCUAACGACAAGUUUGAGUACCUGUUUAAUUUUGACAACACGUUUGAAAUCCACGAUGACAUAGAAGUGUUAAAGCGGAUGGGGAUGGCUUGUGGCCUAGAAUCAGGAAGCUGUUCAGCCGAAGACCUUAAAAUGGCGAGAAGUUUGGUACCUAAAUCUCUGGAACCUUAUGUGACAGAAAUGGCUCAGGGAUCAAUCGGCGGUGUCUUUGUCACAUCAUCAGGUUCAACUUCAAUUGGCACAAGACUUUCUGCCAGCGACUUGACCAACGGAGCGGAUGGGAUGUUGGCCACCAGCUCCAACGGGUCUCAGUACAGCGGCUCCAGGGUAGAGACACCGGUGUCUUACGUCGGGGAAGACGAUGACGACGAUGAUGACUUUAAUGAAAAUGACGAUGAAGACUGAUUUUGCCGGCCUGUAGAUUCCUCCUUCCUCCCCUUCAAAUUCCACUUCAGGAGAAAGAAAGAAAGAAAAAUUGUUUUAGGGAAGAAAAACUUUUUUUUUUAAAUGUUCCCCAACCCCCACCACCCCGGGUUCUUUUUUUGCCUCUCUACCCCAAGAAGUUAUUGGCAAGCUUAGAUAUGCACCUCCAAUAAGCAAGCAAAGAAUGUUUUUCGUAGGAUUUUUUUUUUUUUAAUGUGGUGUGGAUGUGAGUUUUGAUACUGGUGUGCAGAUGCUGAAUCUUUAUUUACUUUCUGGGAUUUUGUGUUUUUCUUUUGAGAGGGAAAACAUUUUAUUUUUUUUUUAAAUUCAGUUUUUUUAUGGGUAGGUGUUUUUUGUUUGUUUUUUUUGCCCCAUAACAAUUCUUGCUGAGUUUGCCGAAGACCUUGUACUUCAGCCACAUCAAUGAAAAUAAAACGCUAUCCUGUUGUGGAACAUGGUACCCUGAAUGACCAUUUAUUUGCAGUGCGUUUGCAACGGUGCCACUAAACGGACAGACUGCGAGAUGACAUCAGGCGUUUUGAUUUUGUUAAAUCAUGCAGUGCCCCAAGAAGAACCACGCAGCCUAGCAAAGCUCACCUUUCUUGUGUGUUUUGGUUUGUUUUUUAUUUCCCGAACAUUAAGCAUCAUUAAUUUUAUUAUGACGUUCUUUUCCCUUAAGUUAUAUUGAUGUGUGAUUCCAUUAAGUUUGUAUCUCCCUGCCCACCUUACUGUCUUUUGUUUUGUUUGGGGCUCCGUGUUGCCGCACCAGAUGGCAAAGUUUGUUUGUGUGAUUUGCUUGGGUUUGGUCAAAGUGUACUGCCAUGCUGGUGCAGCUAUAUAAACUAUCUUGAAGGGUUGGAAUGGAUUGUUGCUUAUGGUCACAUUUGCCUGAUUUCUUACAGGCAGAGUUUGGAAACUUUUUAUUAUAUAGUUGUUUACAUACUUAUAAAUCUAUCAUUUAAAGACAUGUACUGAAGCAAAUGUUUUAUUUGUUUCGUAAGCAUCUUCCUGUAAUCUAUUAUAAAGUUGAAAUUAAAUAUAGAGAAUGUUUUAACAGUUUUUUAAAACUCAAGAUUUGUCAAUCAUUUUUAAUAGUUCUUUUUUUAUAAAAGAAAAGGAAUUUCGGGACAGGCAGUAGUCUUGAAAUUUUAUUCACAGAACCAUUAACUGCACAGUUGCUGUUAGCUGCCUGUUCUAAACGAGUAGUCUUUUUAUUGAAACACAAAUAAACUUUUCUGUAAUAUUUUAUGGAAUACAAAGAGACUUUAAUUGUUUGACUUGUUUAACUUGGCACUGUUAGUUUUUAUUAAUAAAACGCGCAUGGGCAUUUUAAACAAGU